UGGAAACUGGAGAACGGUGAGAGAGCAAUGGGACGACUGCAGACAGUGUAAAAUUGAUAAUUGAUCGAGGAAGAAAGGAACGGUGUAUAGCCCCUGGCUACUCUUCUCCCAAGAUUCAAGUUGCAAUUCUUUAAAGUAAACAUCAAUCAUGGAGAUUAUGGAAGAUGGAAAUUUGGUGGAUCGAGUGAGAAUAUUACUUCAAAGGGACAUGAAAUAUUAUCAGGAAAUGCAAACAGUUCUUCGUGAACCUGUUUGCGUGCGAGUUAGUGGAGGAAAAUUGGAUUUCCCGAGACAUGCUUCUUUCGCCGCUAUAAAAAUUGUCACCUGGUGGGAGGCUGAAUUUAAAGUUGCUUUCAAGGGUCCGUCGGGUUUGAGCUCCAAAAGUGAAGAAAACGAUCCAACUGCUGAUGAUGAAGAAGUCGUUAUCAAAACUAUGCAACCACCGGAAUUAAUAUUGUUGGUCAUCGAUACUUCGGAACAAUUAAUAGAGCAUUUGCAUACCCUCAUACAGGAAUCGUUGGAUCAUGCCGAUUUGACGGUUUUGACAGCAACUCUAGGAGCAGCUGCCUUGGUUCGAAAUUGCCUCUGGUGUUACAGUCAACGUGCAAAAGGAAAAGUCUCCGGUGAUUCUAGUGAAAAAUUAUACAAGUGUUACAAAUCCUUUCAAGAAAUGGCAGAAGCCGUGGCUGAAAGAUUACUCGAUUUGCAUUGUCGUCUGAUAUCUUUGUACGUUUUGAACGAAGCGGAUUCUCUAAAUUGGGAAUGUGAAAAAUCAUUCUUUGAAAAGGAACGCUCUUCCUAUGUCAUUCAAAUGUGGUGGCUUUACAUGCAAGGAACGAAAGCAGAUUUAUGGAACACUGUGUCGCCAAAAAUGGCACAAAGAAUCUUUUCCGGAAUGUUAAACGAAUCACUAACAAUUCUCACAUCUCGUUUUGUCCACGGUCGUGCCAGUUUGUCAAGAUCAGAACAAUUUUGGGCUGAUGCUUUCAAUGUUCUUUGUUGCACUGCUUAUUUGACGUUAAGCUCUUGUCAAGAUGGAAAGGAAAUGAUUGGAUUACAAAAAAUAAAAAUGCCCGUACUAAUGAGGGAUAUUCAUUCGAAAUGCUAUGAACUUUUAGUUUGUCUCUUGUUAAGAGGCACUCCACUCAAAAUACUAUAUCAGGUUUUUCGAAAUGGCCUCGAGGAUCUGACAAUUUCACAACCUCGUUGUGGACCAGCACCGUGGCUCAUUAUGUCAGCACCAGAUUUACUGGGGUUUGAAGAAGGCAAUAGAAAAAAAAUUUCCAAAUUUCAAGAUGUCAUUUUGGAAAUAAAUGUCUUAAAAUCCCAGCCACAGCCGAAUUGGUCACAAUUAGUAAAAGUUUUUUUGAUGAAAGACUAUGUGGUAUCGAAACUUCUACUUCGAUCAUUGGUGAGGCAAUCUAUUGGCAAAUGUGAAGACAUACAACUGAUGAAAUCAAAGGAGGAGAAAAAAUUGGAAAACACUUGUGGAGGUUUUUUAUGUGCUGGAAAUUCGUGUCGUUUAAUAUUAAAUAUAACAUCCACUUCUGCUCUAUUUAGUCUCGUUUAUAUUUUAAUCAAUACGGCCAAUGAUCCAUUGAAUGUAAUUGUUCCUGCUUUGAAACUUGAUCCAUCAUGGUCCAAUUAUCUUGACAGGCAACAAGUGUGGAAUCAAUCGCGACCACCUUGGUUGAAUGCUCUUUUGUCUCCUCUGAACUCGAUGAUGAAACCCAUCGUAGAAACUCUUCUUGACGCUGUUAAAACAGGGGCGAGCAUUUAUCAGGCAAUGUCGUUAGCAUUGGCGUGCUUGAUGGAAUUGCACAUUUCGGCGCCCAUUGGAAUAUUACGAACGGCCAUUGCAAUGAAUGAAAAAAUCCCGGCUCAUUGUCGACCAAUCGGUGGAUCAGUAUUAUUGCAAAUUAUGUGCGCCGCACUAUACACAGCCUUACUUCAAGUAUCAGCAUCAAUAAAAUCGGAACUACCACAAAAUCCAAUGAAUCUUAAAAAGGAACCCGGAUCCUUUGAUCCAAACGAUAAAUCUGCCUCAUCUCUUGCCUUAGCCGAGGCUCUUUGCAGCAUUGACGAGGACAAUAAACACACUGUUCAAAUUGAUGACUUUCUCAAGAUUGUCAAAAGAAGUAUUGAUUCAAGAAAACAAAUGAACAACGUUGAUAUUGAGGAUAUGUGUCCUUAUAUAGAAGUCCUUACCGAUGAAUUAUUAUUUAAAAGCGAAGGACGUCAUUCCCUGAAGAUUGCACACGAAUAUUUAAUUCGAGCUUCGGAUUUUGUUCUGGAAGCUUUAAAAAGCCAGAAUGUUGAUAACUCGGAAGUUAAUAUUCCAGCCGAUGUUCCAGUUAAAAUGAAAACUCUCUCUUACAUUAUGUUUCAUAUUGGCGAUAAACCAUUCGAUCAGCUUUUAAUCGGUUACGAUGAUAAAAAUUGGGAAAGGAUGUUUUCCAUUCCCCUGUCGAUUUCACCAGAACGAAUUCGCGGACAGUUGCUUGUCAGACCGGAUUUGAGAAAUAUCGAUCGACUCACAUCCGAUGAGCAGGAAGUUGCUAAUUUUCUGAAGCAACUUUGCACCACCGGAAGAUCUGCGAGAUUCAGAUAAAUCAAAAAGGUGAUGACUUCGUCCGCAAAUAAUUAAAAUACUUUUUUUUUUCAUAUAGCAUAUUCUUGGAUUUAUCGUUUAUAUAUUGAAAACAAAAGAAAAUAUACAUUAUUCAGAUCAA